UUUGUUUACAUGUAUGUCCAAUACGUAGGCUCCUGGCAGGCGAUGGGGAGGGCUGGCUAUCACUCCCCCGCUCUCAGUCCUCCCCACCGCCCCACUGACGGCCCCAUCCUGAACCCGCUAGCUGGGGCACCACUAUGCAAAGUAAAUAUACAAAACAGCUCAUGUUUUGGAUCGGCUCGCUGAUAACAGGAAUUCCGUAAAGAUGAGAUUCGCUUCGGAGCUGUGAUUACGUCUGAGAGAGAAUAACACACAAGAAAAUAAACGGAGACCGGUCGGAUUCAAUUGUUAUCCGCGCCUGACCUCUACAAAGAUGCCUGAGGUUCGGGAACUUUCUGAAGCGUUACCAGAGAUGCCCAUGGACCCUAUCACUGGAGUCGGAGUUGUAGCCUCCAGAAACAGGGCACCCACCGGAUAUGAUGUGGUCUCUACAACAACAGACGGCCUGGAUGCUGACCUGUGGAAAGAUGGCCUUUUCAAAUCCAAGGUGACCCGCUACCUCUGCUUCACCAGGGUCUUCUCUAAGGAAAAUAGCCAUUUAGGCAAUGUUCUUGUGGACAUGAAGCUGAUAGAUAUAAAGGACACCCUGCCUGUGGGCUUCAUCCCAAUCCAGGAGACUGUUGACACUCAGGAGCAGGCCUUUCGGAAGAGGCGGCUCUGUAUCAAGUUUAUUCCACGGGACUCCACAGAGGCAGCCAUCUGUGACAUUCGCAUCCUGGGACGCUCCAAGCAAGCCCCCCCUCAGUACACCUUCAUAGGAGAGCUCAACAACAUGGGAAUCUGGUAUCGCAUGGGGACCGUUCCUCGGGCCCAGGACUCCCCACACACACCAACCACUAACAACAUCCAGAAUGUGAACUCCACCUCCAGCUCAGCCCCAGUCCCAGCAGCUCCUAUGCCCAAGCAUAUUUCCAUGACCCUGCCGGCCAGUUUCAGAGGGAAGAACACUACCAGACCAGACUAUGAGCACCAGAACUCCAACUUGUAUGCUAUCUCAGCAAUGGAUGGAGUGCCCUUCAUGAUCUCUGAGAAGUUCGCCUGUGCCUCAUCUGAUCUGCAGCAGGUAGACCUCAUGGGCAUUACAAUCAAGUCACUGGCUGAGAUUGAGAAAGAGUAUGAUUACAGUUUCCGCACAGAGCACAGUGCAGCCGCCCGCCUCCCUCCAAGUCCAACACGAACCUCCCUUAGCUCUGAGGCCUGAAGGACUGUACCCCUCCCCUCCCUACAGACAAACCAGCAGGACAGACCAGUACACAACUACUGAGGACCUGCCCACAAAAAGCCAUCUCUUCCAUUUUCCACUACACCCCACCUCUCCACAGUGACCUGUACUGAGAAGAAAAAAACAAACAAGAUGAAUUUCCCAGCCUCUGGGAGAUGUCGUGGUCUUUUUGUGUUCGUUAUGCUGUUAAAAAGUAAAGGAGGAGUUUAACUGAAAACAUUCAGAGACAGAAGCUGAACACAGAGGAAUCAAAUGGGUCUGGUGAAAACCACUACGUGCAACGUUGAUGAGCCGGAUUUCACAAUGUGAUUGCCUCAUCCAUUGUUGGAUAACACAGAACUUUCUUGCUGAAGGAAAUGGAAACAAAUCUCCUGAUUUAAAAAUACAUUUCCUUGUUAAAAGAAUCGUUAAAUGUUGUUCCCCUAUGAUACAAAUCACCACAUCCCACGUGAAGGACUUGUUUGAAACAAGAUAGUGUGUAUUUGAGUGUGAUGGAGAGCACCUGAUAGGCCUUUGCUCUCUGAAAUGAACUGUUAGUGUCUGAGAGCAGCCGUUAUAUCGGCCUUUCUUGUUCAUUACUCACCUGCUGGGCAAAUGAUCCCAGCUUUUUUUCUGGAAAUACAAAAGGAAACAUAAUGGGAUUUUAUUUUCGAGCUUCUUGAUGGGGAAUGAUUCUCAUUGUUCUCUAGAUGUUACUGUAAUCUAGUGGUGUGACUGUGAGCGCACUUUGUGUUUGGGAAUUUGUGUGCUUGCUGUUUACCAUAGAUAGUCAAUUAACCACUCCUUCACUGUCUCCGUAUAUGAGCCAGAACCACUGUUACUGUGUGAAGUUUGUUAGACCAGGACUGCUGGACUACACAUACCACUGAUAUCAUUUCUGCCAACUAUAACCCUAGUAUUUGCAUGUUUGUCAGGGCCGGGUAUCAGUUUCCAUACUAGUUCCAGUACAACACCUCCAUUUUUGGUACAGAUAGAAGACAAUUCUUUUUUCACUACUAACAUUUGUAAACCCCUUUUUUAUUUAAAGAGCAUAUUAACACACCUUAACAUGUUCAAAAAAGCUGAGUUUCAGCUGUGUUUUCAGUCAUCUGUAGUGGCAGCAUAACAGAGCAUGUAGUGGCUACAUUAUGCUUGAAACAAACUUCUUCAUAUGAAGUGUUCUUCAGCCCUAAGGCACAAGUGUUUCUACAUGUUUUGAAUGGCCACACUGGUAUCAUAGAAAAGGACAAGAUGCUGUAAAUGGUACAAAUAGGGAUAAAUGGUGCUCAGUAUCAGACAGUCUCCAGACACACAUUCAUGGUGUUACACUCUGUUGUUCACAGAAGUUGACAGAGGUGUGAAGAAUGACGACUGCUGUUACUACUGUUGGUUGCUCACUGCAUCUUGAUCUCUCUUCAUAUUACAACUCCAGUCAAAUAUAAGAGUUCUACAUUUGAGCAUGGCUCUAUGAGUUCUGAUGACCACCAGAGACUGUAUGUGAUACCUGGAUCUCUUGCAGUCAAGAAGUAUCUUGAACUCCCUCACUCUGUUUUUUUUCUCUAGAAAAGGGCAAAGAACUGCAGUUGCAGUGAACUCUGUUGACUGAGGCCACAUCUGUUGAUGGCAUAGUUAAGUGACUAAAUUAAUAAUUACUCUAAAAGGAAUAUUUGGUGUUCAAUUACACUGGAACAAAAGAACCAAUGUUCUCUAAUGUUAAGCCGCUGUAUAAGAACGUCGGCUAAAAUGGGCACAAAUUUGAUUUAAAUCAAAUUUUCUGAUCAAAGAAUGAUGAAGAUUAUGAAUCUGAGCAGAUAUUUGUAUUUGGUAUCAUACCCGGCCCUAGUUUCUUACUUUAACAGAACUAUCUUCACGUGUUAAACAAACAAACAUCUUUCAGUAUGUAAGUAUUUGUUACACAUUCUUAAAGUAUUCCUACAUGAACAAAAACAAUGUCCAGCAAAAGUGCUCUUUUUGUGUUUGAGUUGACUUGUUACAUGUGAAAAAGCUUUGUGCCUACAAGUGCAUAUGUGUCCUCUGUUACAGUGGCAGGUCUUUGAUUCUGCUUGUUCCUCCUCUUUACCCUUGUAGCUUGAAGCUGUUUAGAAGUUUGACUCUUCACAUGAGUUAUUUUUAUUUUUUUAUCUGUGUGACAUGUGAAGCUCACUACCAACUCUGAACCACUACAAUCAGUUUUAGUGAAACCGAAGGGACAGUGCUGGGUUCGUAGAAAAUGCAACUCUUUAAACCAGGCUGCAUUUCUAUUGGUCCACAGUCGCUGUUCCCUAGCAACAAAAGCACUGCAUAACAAUAGUGAAUGAAAACUACUUCCCCGUGUUUUUCUGUUAGCAAUCUAUAAUAAGCUAAAAUCAACUGAUUACAACUCAACCUUGAACUCAGUAGACCCUCCAUUUAAAAAAGAUACUUUUAAAAUCAAAGCCUGCAUUGAGACAGUGUUCUGAUUUCACUCCAGCAACAUCUCUCAGUAGGCAGUCAAUGUGUUUAAAAAGACUUUUCCUUUACGUUCAUGCAGUAUUGUCCCAAAAAACACCAAGGAUGUUUGUGAACAACAGUGAUUUAGGGUUUUAUUUUGCUUAUUUCGCUCCAUUUUUUUUUCCUAGGAUGGAAACUUGCAAGCGUGUCUUUAUAUUAUCAAGUCAUUAAUGCAUGGAUUAACUACUUUGACUUUAUAUUUUUGUUUGUCUAAUUUAUUAGUCAUUUCAGUUUUGUGACCAUGUCGUCCUAAAUGCUCUGUUGUUUUCAGAAAUGUGACAUCCAGUUGUCAUUUGCACUGCUGACAUGUUUGCUUGGAGUGAGAAGAUGAGCAGAUGGUGUGUGAUUGAAGCUCAGUGUAUCUGCCUGCUCUGUGAGAAGUUACAUGUAUCAUUUCUCAGCUGUGGUGUUAACUUUCACACAGUUUUGCUGAAACACAUAAUAGCUAACUAAUAAGAUGUCUGCAUUAACAGCAAAUAACAACCCUGCUUUGAUAUGUCUGUUAGUUUGCAUGCACGGUGACAUGAGCUGUCAGAGGUUUCAAUAGGAAAGUUACUUUUGUAGGUUAUUGUUCCAAAGUCACAGUUUUUGUCUCAUAAAUAGAUUUUAUUCACUGACCAAUGAACAAAACAUCAGUUGAAUUUGUAUUAAAAAUGUUUUAUUAAACUAUGAUGAACUAAA